AGGGGUAGAGGUGGCGGAGAUGGGGGUAGGGGAAAGGUUAAUGGUAGGGGUUUACCAAAAUCCCUAAUUAGCGAGAGACCUCGGCCUAGGCUGCUGGAUGAAGACAAGCCUCGCCUCAGGCCUGAGAUGAUGGGCAACAUGCCCAUGCAGAAGAUCUUCAUGACCAAUGAGAACCAGGAGCAGGUGAAAGAGCUGCUGAGAGAGCUGCAGACCCAGGACUACGACGAUGAGCCAUAUGAUGAAGAAGAGGAGUAUGAGGAAGAGGAGGAGUAUGAUGAACUGGAUUACCGGGAGGAAGGGCAGUUCUGGAACACCCAUGAUGAGCCUGUUGAGAGUGCAGAGAGCCCCGUCUUUGAUCCUGACUCUGAGGAUGAACGGCGGCCCACUCCCGAGCCAGUCAUAGGACUGUUUGCAAUAGGAAAGCUCUGCAGGUAUGGUUUUGACCGGGAGCGCAGCAAGCAGGCCCUGGAGGCAGGUGUUGGGGAGGUGGGAGCCACCAUGGAACAGCUACUCCUCCAGGUCUUCUCCGAGCGCUACGGCCCCAAAGCUGUCUACCCCGAUGGCCUCCAAGGGGCGCCCAUGGACGAGUGCCUCACCCAGAGACAGGAGGAGGCCUUGGCCCUCACCGCCAUCUACGGCGACCGUUUCACCGAGCGCAUCGCCAACAGCGUUUGGACUGUCACUUUGGACCCCGACUUCCUGGCUGACAUUGCAGGAGGUAAACAGAACACAUCUGCUCGUACCAACAACUCCGUUCAAAUUAGGGACGUCUGCAGCUUCUACCUAAAGGGUGCCGGCUGCAGGUUUGGAGCUAAGUGCAAGUAUAAGCACCAGAUGCCCACCAAGGGAACAGCUUCGGGCCCUCAAGACCCCGUGGGAGCCAGCCAACCUGGGUUCAGCAGCUACUCCUCUCCAGAGUACGUGCUGGAGGUCCGCUUCCCUAAAGGGAACCGCUACCCCUUCCAGGCCCCUGUCGUGGCCUUCAGCACUAACGAUGAGACCAUAGGGGCCGCAGCCAGGCUGAGUGUCACAGAGCAUCUGUUCGGGGAGGCCUUGGCUGCAGCGAAGGAGGGGGAGCCCGUGGUCUACACCCUGAUCACUUGCUGCGAGGACGAGGCCACCAUGAAGGAGCUGCUGUCAGUCAUGCAUCAUAAAUACAGCUCCCUGCCCCCUGUGGUAGUGGCUCCACCCCCUGCUGCUGUUGCCAUGACGAAGAGCAAGAGUGGGAGGAGCAACACAGCAUCACAUGUGGAGAGCAAGAGUAUUACGAACAUCAACAGAACUACCCCAACUAACAGCACCGCCAACAGCAGCACUGCCCCAACUAACAGAACAAGCAGCCACAGGAUACAGCAGGCCACAGAAGACUUGGAGGAGGAUGAGGAAGGAGUGGUGGUUCCUCAGACCGAGAGCUAUGUCAACCUGAGGAAGAAGAUGGUGAAGAGACAUGAAGAGAGGACAGGGAGCCAGCAAAAGGAGAACGCCAAACUGUGUCGAGAGUUCAGGACAAAACAGUCAUCCAGGCGCUUCACCUCCAUGUUGCAGCAGAGACAGAAGCUGCCUGCUUGGAAUGAGAAGGAGAACAUCCUGGACCUGUUGGACAACUGCCAGGUGCUGGUGGUCAGUGGCAUGACUGGGUGUGGUAAGACCACCCAGAUCCCUCAAUUCAUUUUGGAUGCAUCUCUGAGUGGGCCUACUGACCAGGUGGCUAACAUCAUCUGCACCCAGCCCCGCCGUAUCUCUGCCAUCACCGUGGCUGAGAGGGUGGCACAGGAGCGGGCAGAACGCCUCGGUAACUCAGUGGGUUACCAGAUCCGCCUGGAGACUGUCAGGUCUGCGGCCACCAGGCUGCUGUACUGCACCACAGGAGUUCUACUGAGGAGGCUGGAGGGGGAGGCAGACCUCACAGGGAUCUCUCAUGUCAUAGUGGAUGAGGUGCAUGAGCGCACAGAGGAGAGUGACUUCCUCCUGUUGGUGUUGAAGGAUCUGAUGGUACAGCGACCAGAUCUGAAGAUCAUCCUGAUGAGUGCCACCCUCAACGCUGACCUCUUCUCCCAGUACUACAACAACUGUAACACCAUCCACAUACCAGGACGCACUUUCCCUGUCGACCAGUUUUUCCUGGAAGAUGCAGUUGCCAAAACCAGGUAUGUGAUUGAGGAUGGCAGUCCGUUCAUGCGCUCAGGCGGGGGGAAGUCCUCAUCAGGCAGUAAGGGAGGCAGAGGGGGGGCCAAAGACCCCGUGGACCAGCUGGGAGACGACAUGUGGUCCUUCAUGAACCUCCAGAAAAAAGACUUCAUUAAAGACUCCAUCCCUGACCAGCAGCUCAGCCUGCAGGAACUCACUGUCCGAUACAAAGACACCAAGAAGUCUGUCUUGAAGACCAUAUCUGCCAUGGACCUGGAUAAGAUCAACAUGGACCUGGUGGAGAGUGUGCUGGAGUAUAUUGUGGACGGGGACCAUAGCUACCCUCCAGGUGCUGUGUUGGUAUUCAUGCCGGGCCUGGCUGAGAUUAAGACUCUUUAUGAGCAGCUCCAGUCCAACAGGAUGUUCAACAACCGGAACAGAGCCAGGUGUGUGGUGUACCCGCUUCACUCGUCCCUGUCUAACGAGGAGCAACAGGCUGUGUUCAAGCGGCCACCAGAGGGCGUCACCAAGAUCAUCAUCUCCACCAACAUCGCUGAGACCUCCGUUACCAUCGACGACGUGGUCUACGUGGUGGACUCAGGCAAGAUGAAGGAGAAGAGUUACGAUGCCUCUAAGAGCAUGGAGAGCCUGGAGGAGUCGUGGGUGUCCCGUGCCAACGCCCUGCAGAGGAGAGGGCGAGCUGGCCGCGUGGCCUCAGGGGUGUGCUUCCAUCUCUUCACCAGCCACUGCUUCCAACACCAACUGGCAGAGCAGCAGCUGCCAGAGAUCCAGAGAGUCCCAUUGGAGCAGCUCUGCCUCAGGAUUAAGAUCCUAGAUGUGUUUGCGGAGCGGCCAUUGGAUUCUGUGUUCUCCCGGCUCAUUGAGCCCCCGGCCAUGGGCAGUCUGGAUGCGGCCAAGCAGCGUUUGCAGGACCUGGGGGCUCUGACGGCUGACGAGAAGCUCACCCCUCUGGGCUAUCACCUGGCCUGUCUGCCUGUGGACGUCCGCAUUGGCAAACUCAUGCUGUUUGGUGCCAUCUUUCGCUGCCUGGACCCUGCCCUCACCAUCGCUGCCAGCCUGGCCUUCAAGUCCCCCUUCGUGUCUCCUUGGGAUAAGAGGGAGGAGGCCAAUGAGAAGAAGCUGAAUUAUGCCCUGGCCAACAGUGACCAUCUGGCCCUGUUGCAGGCAUACAAGGGCUGGUGUGGAGCAGCCAGAAACGGGAAUCAGGCUGGGUUUCAGUACUGCAGAGAGAACUUCCUGUCUAGCCGGGGCUUACAGGAGAUAGCCAGUCUGAAGAGGCAGUUUACAGAGCUGCUGUCUGAUAUUGGCUUCGUCAAGGAGGGACUGAAGGCUAGAGUCAUUGAGAGAAUGGCUGCCAAAGGGACUGAUGGUAUAAUGGAGGCUACGGGCCGUGAGGCUAACCUCAACUCUGACAACAUCAGGUUGAUGUCUGCCAUGCUCUGUGCUGCCCUAUAUCCCAAUGUAGUACAGGUGAGGUCUCCUCAUGAGAAGUUCAAGCAGACCAGUAAAGGAGCGGUGAAGAUGCAGCCCAAAGCAGACGAGCUGCGCUACAUGACCAAGAAUGACGGCUGUGUCCACGUACACCCCUCCUCCGUCAACUACACGGUGCGCCACUACGACAGCCCCUACCUGGUGUACCAUGAGAAGGUGAAGACGAGCCGUGUGUUCAUCAGAGACUGCAGCAUGGUGUCGGUGUACCCCUUGGUGCUGUUUGGGGGGGGACAGGUCAACGUGGAGCUGCAGAAGGGCGAGUUCGUCAUCUCCCUGGACGACGGCUGGAUCCGGUUCGCCGCAGCAUCGCACCAGGUGGCAGAGCUGGUGAAGGAGCUGCGCUGGGAGUUGGACCAGCUUCUCGAAGAUAAGAUCAGAAACCCCAGCAUGGACCUGUGUACUUGCCCGAGAGGCUCCCGUAUCAUCCACAUGAUCGUCAAGCUCAUCACCACCCAGUAAACCACCCCGCUCCCCUCCAUUACACACCCAGCACUUGCCUUUAGAUGAAUACUUUGCUCCACCUCCCAGUCUUACAGUACAUUGGAUCAAGUCUUAUUGGUGGUAGCAUUGCAAUGAUACAAGUGCUGCUGAACAAGCAUACAGAAAUCACUGUUUUUGCUGUCAUAGGAAGUGCAAUAGAUUUGGCAGAGUUUAUUGUUACAUUUGAACUGAAUUGCUAAAAAGGUUAUUUAACUGAAAUGGUAAUUUGCCAUUGUUUGUGUAUAUAUAUAUUUUGGCCACAUUUCCUGUAUAUAUGGGAAACUCAAGUUGCGUUUUAUUAUAGGUUGUGCCUUUCUUGCACACAACUAAAAAUAGCAUUUGAGUCCAUAUUGGAUUCCCGUACUGAAAAUGGUUGCACAUUUAUGCUUUUGUGUGCAUUUAGAUAUAACUAAUGCAUGAUUGACUGAAAUGUGAAUACAGCUCUAAGAGCUUCUGCAUUAUUGUCUUUCUGUACAUUUAUAUAGAUAAAAUUAACACGCUGAUGUAAAAAUCAUGCCAUCACUAUUAAAAGGGCUCAUUGAAAUGUAGACAAUUUGGUAAAAAGCUGCCAAAGAAUUUAUAAACAAUGUCUCAUCAGCUUCAGUGACUAACUUUAGUCUGAUGAAUAUUACAACUGAAAAUAAAACAAAAAAAUAAGUUGCGUGGGUGAAUUUGUAGUCCUUUUUAGUUGUUCAAUUGUUUAAGCACAAUCACGUUGUAGACAUUGAAGUCUUCCACUUAAUAUCUACAUUUUGCUGUAUUAAAAGUUGACACGUUUUUAAAGGCA